GGGAUGAUAUCUUUAGCCAUUUUUUUUUAAAUAUAUUUUUACAAAGUUGUUGGUACUUCCACUUGAAAGUCAUUUUUGCUAACUUGAAUCAAUACAGAGAGACAGUAAUUCUGCUAUUUAUAUUUCAAAUUAAAAGCACAGUAUUGGAAUAUGCCUGAUCUCGCGAUAACCUGCCUUAAAACGAGAAAGAGUUCUGAUUGGUCAGUCUCAUGGGGAAAAUCAAAGAAGCUCUAGGAUUGGACUGGUUAAUGGAGCGAAAAGAAGAAACGCUGAUUGUAAUUGGUCACGUCGGAGCAAAUUGAGGCGUCACAGCAACGCGUUGCUAAAGCGACCGGAGGGGAAGCGGGCGCCGGCAUGGCCACCUACCUCCAAUGUCCGCUCUGUGGCAAUUUCGCCAAAUGCCACGCCCACCAGCUGUCCCACGUGGCCGCCGCCCACCCCACUUAUCUGGACAGCGUGGCGAUGGGUCGCCUCGGCAACAUCAUCAUGUACCAGAGCGCCGCCCGGCUGUUCCACUGCGCCGACUGCUUCUUUACCAGCCGCGACUUCACCAAACUCUACCAGCACAUCAUCUCCAAACACUGCAUGGACGAGACGGCGACAGUUGGAGAGGGAGCCGACGGGGAAGACGACAGGAGCGAAAAGGGGGACAAGGAAGCGGACGAGGAAGGGAAGGAACUUGAGGAGGAAAGGAAGGAAGUGAAGGAGGAAGAGGAGGAAGUGGAUGAGGAACUGGAGGAAGACGUGAAGGAAGCGGACGAGGAAGUGAAGGAAGUAGACGAGGUUAUGAAAGAAGGCAAUGAUGCGGACGAGACAACUCCGCAGACCCAGGACAGCGGCGAGAACGUGAAGGACGAAGACGCCUCCACCGAGCGGAUGAUAAGCGACGCGGACCAAAGCGUGUUGGCUUUCAACGGCGACUUGUACCGCUGCCUGAUCUGCAACUGGUGGAAAAACAAGCUGAAAGUUGUGGCCGUCAACCACGCGGUGCGAAAGCACGGCAUCCCCAGGGAGUUCGUCGUCCAGAGGAUCAGGCAAGACGACGACGCUACAAGCUUCAUUCGGCAUUUGAGCGGCGGCGCCGACGAAGACGACGAGGACGGCCUGAGUGGCGACCGCCUCAAAGAGGAGUUGAAGGCGACGUCCAAAGUGGUGGGCUUCUUCUCCGGCCGCUACGUCUGCCUCAUCUGUGGCUGGAAGACCAAGAGAAAAGGUUUUGUCAUCAACCACGUGGUGCGCAGCCACAACGUGGAGCGACCGUACCGAUGCAAAGACUGCAAGCGCUCCUUCUUCCUGCCCAGCCGACUCCUGCAGCACGUCCGGGCGGCCCAUCGGCCGGGACGCUUCGCCUGCCCCUUCUGCUGCUUCAGGUCGCACUUCCUGGUGGGUUUCCGGCGCCACUGCGGCCGAUGCGCCGCCCGCGAGGGGCUGGGAAUGGCGAUGGGCGAGGAAGGCAGAGGGGGGCUGCUGGCGGUCAAGGAGGAGACCAAGGAGACGAGAGCUGGGAGGAAAAGAGCGCGGAGGCUGAUUGAAGAGGCCGACGACGAAGACGAGCUCAUGUUAUUCUAACGCUGGACCGGAUAUUCAACCCACUUUGUCAUUCAGUACUGUCGUUAAUUAGCUUUUUAAUAUUUCGCCAUUCAUUUUUAUUGUGUACAUUUCAUACUUUCAGUGAGGUCGUCAUUACUAUGAAGGCCGCAGCACGUGACUCCUUUACGUUAAGAACCAAAAAAAAAAAAAAAAAAAACAAAUUUCCUCUAUUGUAUUUUUCCUGUCAGUGUCUGGCCAAAUGAGGAUAUUUGAGUUUUCACUUCAAACACCAGGCCGUAAAUUGUUUUGGUGCAUACACACAGCAAUAUCAGAAAUUGCACAUUCACAUUUUCCAUCCAUUUUCUCAGCUGCUUAUCCUCACAAGGUCAGCUAUCAUUGGGUGAGAGGAGUGGUAUAGAGCCCGUGCACCUACGUCAUAAAAUCACGUGACUUUUGUUUACAUCGCCAUAUUGUCGGUCAAGCUAAGCAUUGCUCAAUGCUAAGUCGGUUGAAGACGACACGGAAAUAUGUCUUAUCGCACGACGCCGUCUUGUCUGAUCCAAUCAGACAUUUAGAAGGUGAAAAUAAACAGGUACGUGGAAAAAUUAGGUAAACUCGGCAUAGAGGACCCGUAUUUAAUGCCGAUUUGGAUGUUUUCGCCGAUAAGAAAUUGGACUGUUAAUUCGCUUCCGCUUGUCUCGGACACCUGAAUAUAGACCUGUAUCUGGUGAGUAAGUCAUCGAGAUUGACACAGAAAAGUUUGAAAGCGUAUUAAAGUCUGAACGCUUCCGAAUACUUUGUUGCUGGAUUUGUUCUCAAGAAUAAAUCCCACAAUGACGGUUUUGACGCCUUGUCGUGUUUGGCGACACAUCAACCUUUGCCGGAAUCCAUUGAUCUUUUCUGCUAGUAUUCAAUACAAAUACCAAUAUUUAAAUAAAUAACCCCUGGUUUUACACAAACUCACAUUCAUUAACUGGAGCCUAUCCCAGCUGUAAACGGGCGUAAGGCAGGGUACACCCUGAACUGGUUGCCGGCCAAUCGCAGGGCAGAUCAAGACAGUCACAAUCACACCUUGGGGCAAUUUAGAGUGUCCAAUUAAUGUCGCAUGUUUUUGGGACGUGGGAGGAAACCGGAGUGCCCGUAGAAAACCCACACAGGCAGGUCAGAGAUGGAACCCGGGACCUCAGAACUGCGAGGCCAACGCUUUACCAACUGACCCACCGUGCCGCCACUUCAUUAACUGAUUCGGGGGGAAAAAAACAGAAGCGAUUGUGGCCACACUUAACCUCCGUAAACCUCUGCUACGUUUUUUUUUUUGUUUGUUUUUUUUUAAACACGCAUUGUCCUCAAAUGAGCCAAUUUGGCAUUGUAAAUACUUCUUGGUAAUUUGAGAUUGAGAAGAA